CAUUUUAUAACUGGUUCUGGGUGAAAAUAGAAACACAGUCCCUAAUUUGUUUUUAAAAACGAAUGACGUGGGCAGAACCCAAGAAAUUCAAAUAAAACAAGUCUCAUGUACUUUAAGGCAUAAGUUCGUCAUCGUAGCCCUAUUAUUUAGAGAGGAGUCCUCCUCAAGCAGCCGUUACCGUCCUCGUGGGGAAUCGAACUCGCGGUGCAUAUUUCUCCAGGAAAACGACCAAUGCGAACAGAGCCCCUCCCUGCGCAUGUGUGACCACUCUUCUGCCCGUAGUUACGCGACGACUACAGCGGCGCACGCUCAGGUUCUUCCGGUUUCAAACGGAACCGCUUGGCACACAAACGAGGCUGGCUGUCCUAGAGCGUCGCAAGGACCAAAAUGGCUGCUUUCAAUCUUUUUUUGUCUCCCCUACUGAAGAGUAGGCAAAAUGGGUCACUCCAAAUUCCCCUUCGUAAAAAUCUACUCGAAAUGACGUGAGCCGCUCACGGAACACUGGCGUCCCCUUUCUGGUGUCGUCAAACUGUGCGCGCCCGGUGCCGGAAGUGACGUACUAGUUGGGCGCCGGGUUUCUGAACGUUCAGUUUCCACCAGUGGGAUUGCGGAGGCGACGGCGCUAGUGGCGGGGAGGACGUGCCUUGUCUGACGCAAAUGGGUGAUGAAAAGGAAUCUUGGAAAGUGAAAACGUUAGAUGAAAUUCUUCAGGAGAAGAAACGCCGAAAGGAACAAGAGGAGAAAGCAGACAUAAAGCGUCUAAAAAAUUCUGAUGAUCGGGAUUCAAAGCGCGAUUCCCUUGAAGAGGGAGAGCUGAGAGACCACCGCAUGGAAAUAACAAUCAGGAAUUCACCAUAUAGGAGGGAGGACUCUAUGGAAGACCGAGGAGAGGAAGACGACUCCCUGGCUAUCAAACCGCCCCAGCAGAUGUCACGGAAAGAGAAGACCCACCACAGGAAGGACGAGAAGAGAAAAGAGAAGCGGAGGCAUCGCAGCCACUCGGCAGAAGGGAAGCAUGCUAGGGUGAAAGAGAAGGAGCGCGAGCACGAACGUAGGAAAAGGCACCGCGAAGAGCAGGAUAAGGCCCGCCGCGAAUGGGAAAGGCAGAAAAGGAGGGAGAUGGCUAGGGAGCAUUCCAGGAGAGAGAGGGACCGCUUGGAGCAGCUUGAGCGCAAACGGGAGCGAGAGAGGAAAAUGAGAGAGCAGCAGAAAGAGCAGCGGGAGAUAAAGGAACGGGAGAGGCGAGCCGAGGAAAGGCGGAAAGAACGGGAAGCCAGACGAGAUAUUUCAGCACAUCACAGAACGGUGAGAGAAGAAUACACGGAGAAAGGCCGGGUCUGGAGCCGCAGCCCCCUCCGGCAGCAGAGAGAGAAGCUUGAGCAAGGAGAAAUCCGAAAGCCAGUAAAAGAGGAGAAGCCAGAAGAGAGAGACCCCCUUUCCGAUCUGCAGGACAUCAGUGACAGUGAGAGGAAAACCAGCUCAGCAGAGACGUCCUCAGGGGAGUCGGGCUCCGGUUCAGAGGAGGAGGAGGAGGAAGAAGAGGAGGAAGAGGAGGAGUCCAGCAGCGAGGAAUCGGAAGAGGAGGAGGAGGAGGAAGAAGAAGAGGAAGAGGAGACGGGGAGCAAUUCCGAAGAAGUAACUGAACAGUCUGCUGAGGAGGUGAGCGAAGAAGAAAUCAGCGAAGAGGAGGAACGGGAGAAUGGUGAUCACAUUCCAGUCGAGUCGAGGUUCGAUCGAGACUCGGUGGGGAGCGAAGUGGAGGAGGAGGAGAUUGGCGAGGUCAGCCCGCAGUCUAACGCCAUGACGGAAGGAGACUACAUCCCCGAUUCGCCUGUGCCGUCACCCGUGGAGCUGAAGCAAGAGCUGCCCAAGUACCUUCCCGCCCUUCAGGGCUGUCGUAGUGUGGAGGAGUUUCAGUGCUUGAACCGAAUAGAGGAGGGCACAUACGGCGUGGUGUACAGAGCAAAAGACAAGAAAACAGAUGAGAUCGUGGCCCUGAAGCGGCUGAAAAUGGAGAAGGAGAAAGAAGGUUUCCCCAUAACGUCGCUCAGGGAAAUCAACACUAUCCUGAAGGCACAGCACCCGAAUAUCGUCACUGUCAGGGAAAUCGUCGUCGGCAGCAACAUGGACAAAAUCUAUAUCGUCAUGAAUUAUGUAGAGCAUGACCUCAAGAGUCUCAUGGAAACGAUGAAGCAGCCCUUCUUGCCCGGUGAAGUGAAAACACUGAUGAUCCAGCUGUUACGGGGAGUCAAGCACCUUCACGACAACUGGAUUCUGCACCGGGACUUGAAAACGUCUAACCUGCUGUUGAGCCAUGCUGGCAUCUUAAAAGUUGGUGACUUCGGACUGGCUCGCGAAUACGGGUCACCUUUGAAACCAUAUACGCCUGUAGUCGUAACACUGUGGUACAGGGCACCAGAACUGCUGCUCGGAGCCAAGGAGUAUUCCACGGCUAUCGACAUGUGGUCUGUGGGUUGUAUAUUCGGGGAGCUGCUAACCCAGAAGCCGCUCUUUCCGGGGAAGUCAGAAAUAGACCAGAUCAACAAAGUUUUCAAGGAUCUGGGAACCCCGAGUGAGAAAAUCUGGCCUGGAUACAAUGAGCUGCCGGCGGUCAAGAAGAUGACCUUCACGGAGUACCCCUACAACAACCUCCGCAAGAGGUUUGGGGCGCUGCUCUCCGACCAGGGGUUCGAUCUCAUGAACAAGUUCCUGACGUACUACCCCGGCAAGAGAAUCAAUGCGGAAGACGGCCUGAAGCACGAGUAUUUCCGGGAGACCCCCCUGCCUAUCGACCCCUCCAUGUUUCCAACGUGGCCAGCCAAGAGCGAGCAGCAGCGGGUGAAGCGGGGGACAAGUCCACGGCCUCCCGAGGGGGGCUUAGGAUACGGCCAGUUGGGUGAUGACGAUCUGAAGGAUACGGGUUUCCACCUGACAACCACCAACCAAGGGGCGUCGGCUGCAGGCCCGGGCUUCAGUUUGAAGUUUUAAGCAGAAAGUUGAAGUAGGCAAGGAAGAGACAGAGGAAGCGAAAGGGACGGAUGCAUCAGCCAUUGUCGGCACUGUCGGCAAGAGCUCUCAUUUCAUUCCUCCUGUUUGGAACCUGCUACUUUUAUUUCCUGCAGAACGUUGCCUACGAGCAGAAGGCUUUCUCUCCCCUGUCCGGAAUACAAUAUGGUGUUCCAUUCAGAGGAUUGGAAUUAAUCCAGAAAAAGCCAAGAACUCUUCCGUAGCAAAACAGACUUGAAUCUCAGUUUUGAAACUUUUUUUUUCUUUUAUUUUUAAAGCUUUUUUUUUUGUUGGUGUUUUGCUUGUAAAUUUGUAGAAUAAAAAAAAAUCCCUUUUUAAUUGUUUGAAUCCCAUGUAAAGGAUAUUCCUUGGUUUUCCCACAAGCACCGGAUUUAGGGAAGGAUUUGCACGAAGCUUUAUAUGUGUGUGUGUGUAUAUAUAUAUAUAUAUAUUUUCUUCCUCUCUCAUUCUCCAUAAUAUGUUCUCUGUACCAAGGUUGCCUUUCUCAGUUUCAGUACUGCAAACUGGAAUACGAUGUCCAUGUAAGAGUCUCUUGUUUAUGGGUGGAAAUGCGGUUUCCAGCCAUGGGUUUCCAUUAUUCAUAGACAGCUGGGCUUUAGAAAGAGUGGACUGACUUGAACCCGCACCCUCCUACCAGCAAUUAUUUAUAAUGGACUGAGCAAAACCACUCUUGGCUGACUGUAUGACGUCCUAAAAGAUUUUAUGAUCUAACCAAAAAUAGUGGUGACCAUGUAUGUAUCUUAUCCCAAGGAACAGUUUUUGAUAGGUUUGUGAAAAGGGCUUAAUUUACACCUCUGAAGAAGAGAGUUUUCCAGGGGCUGUGGGUAACCCAGCUGUGCUUGAAAAGUGGGGCAUUUUAACUUCCAGAAGGUAGUUUCUAGUCCUCAUGGCUGCUUAGAUUUGAGUACCAUGUUUAGCUGAAUAAGCUCCAGUUUCUGCAGAUGUAGGGAGAGACUUUUGGGAAUCAAUGUAAGUUCCUUGUUCUCUUCUCGAUUGCCAGCAAAAACAAAUCAUGCACUACAUAACGUAUGCGGGUCCUAGAUUGCCUUUUUUAUUUACAAGUACAGCAUUUAGCUAAAAACCAAUUGUAUCUAAGCAAUCCUGAAUUUUUAUGCACCGGUCUUCAUUAGGCACCAGGUUCAAAUUUGCCAUAGUUCCUUAUUUGUGUGUGAAACUGACUGCAGCCAGUGGGGAGCACAUGAAUGCCCUGCUUGAAUUUGCAUCACAGGGUGGCUGAAGCAGCAGCGGAAGCUCCAGUGCCCAGGCGAAUUCUCCCGUUUGUACAACCAUAGCCUCAGCAGCCAAAACAUUUUUGUUUCUCAUAAAUAGCAAAGUGGGUUUUUUAAAAAGGUGGUGCGUCUUUGUAUAGUUGUAUAUUUGAGAAGAAACCACACGUGUGACUUUUGUAUCUGAAAUAUAUCCCCCUUGAAACUACGUUUUGCCACAGUGGUGGAAGAUAAGGCAGUUAUCCUGGUUUACUGCUAAGAUGUUGGACUGAGCAAGAUUCCUCUAUUUAUGUUUUGUGUGUGUGUGUAUGUUUGGAUGUGCAGAUUUUUUGUUCUGUGUCCAUAAAACUGUGGGACCAUUUCCCCGGGUUUAUUUUUCAUAGAUUAAAAAUAAUUUUGGUCAAAUUUCGGCUCAAAA